GUCCGGCCGCUGGUGGCCGCGGUGUACCUCGUGGGGUUGCUGGUGGCCGUGCCGCUCUGCAUCUGGGAGCUGCAGAAGCUGGAGGUCGGAGUUCAUACCAAAGCAUGGUUUAUUGCUGGCAUCUUUUUAUUGAUGACAAUACCAAUAUCUCUUUGGGGGAUACUACAACAUUUAGUUCAUUAUACUCAACCAGAAUUACAGAAACCAAUAAUAAGGAUUCUAUGGAUGGUGCCAAUUUACAGUUUAGACAGUUGGAUAGCACUGAAAUAUCCCAACAUUGCAAUAUAUGUGGAUACUUGUAGAGAAUGCUAUGAAGCAUAUGUCAUCUAUAACUUCAUGGUAUUUCUUUCAAAUUAUCUUACCAACCGGUAUCCAAAUUUGGUGUUAAUCAUAGAAGCCAAAGAUCAACAGCGACAUCUGCCACCAUUAUGUUGCUGUCCACCCUGGGCUAUGGGAGAAGUGUUGUUAUUUAGGUGCAAGCUUGGUGUUCUACAGUACACAGUUGUCAGACCAUUCACUACUAUUACUGCUUUAAUCUGUGAAUUGAUUGGUGUCUAUGAUGAAGGAAAUUUUAGUUUCAAAAAUGCCUGGACCUACUUGGUAUUUUUCAACAAUAUAUCCCAGCUUUUUGCCAUGUAUUGCCUUGUGUUAUUUUAUAAAGUACUACGGGAAGAGCUGAACCCAAUCCGACCUGUAGGAAAAUUUCUCUGUGUGAAGAUGGUGGUUUUUGUUUCUUUCUGGCAAGCUGUACUUAUUGCAAUAUUGGUGAAAGUUGGUAUUAUCUCUGAAAAGCACACAUGGGAAUGGCAGAGUGUUGAAGCUGUAGCAACUGGUUUGCAAGAUUUUAUCAUCUGUAUUGAAAUGUUCUUUGCUGCGAUUGCUCAUCACUAUAGUUUUUCCUACAAGCCUUAUGUGCAAGAAGCUGAAGAAGGAUCAUGCUUUGAUUCAUUUCUUGCAAUGUGGGAUAUUUCAGAUAUCAGGGCAGAUGUAACAGAACAAGUUCGCAACGUUGGGAGGACUGUGUUUGGCCAGCCAAGGAAAAUGUUUUUUGGUGAGGAUCAUGAACAAAAUGAACACACAAGUUUGUUGUCAACAUCCAGCCAAGACCCAAUUUCUGCUGCUGCUUCUGUACCAUCAUCACCCGUGGGUCACUACCAAGGAUUUGGACAUACCAUGACUCCAACAAUGCCUUCUGACCCAAUAGCUGCUGAUUUGUGUGAUUCUGCAGCAGAGAAUGAGGAUUUCUCUGUUCAACCAGAAAAGCCAAUAGAUAAAAUUUAAAACUCUCUUUGCUCAAAUACCUUAGGGGAUUUUCUUGGACAUUAUUUGCUACCUUUUUUUCUUAUCUUGGAAGCACAUUUUUUCCAGUAGUGUCAAUUGGUUGAAGAAAUACUAAAAUAAGUAAGACAAGUGGUUGGGAUUCACUUUAAAUCUCUUGACUAAAGUGAAAGAAUAUGCAUUUGUCAUUUGAUGAAAUUAACCAUGCAUAUAGAACAUAGUUUUAGUGCUAUAAUAUAUACAUAAAUCAAUAUUGAAUUAAAGUAGUAACAAAAAUAAUAUGGAACACAUAAUGUAUACAGCUGAAAAAAAAUCACUGGCAUAGAAUUACUACAGUAAAUGAAUAGAGAACACUACUUGAUUAAGGGAAAAAAAUACGUUGAAAUUUGGGAUGGGGAAGGGAUUUAAAUAGGAUUCAAAUUCUGAUUUUCUUUCUUCUUCUAGUCAACUUAAAUAUACCAGAAUCUUUAUAGAACUAAUAAGUAAAGUCUUUAGUUGGGAGUAGUGUCUUGAAAUUGUUCUUAAAAAAAAAUGGGCAUGAUCAGUAUAUAAAACAGUAAAGCUAAUUUGUUCAGGUUGGCCUUGUAGAUUCAGUAAUCUAAAACAGUGUUUUCAAACUUGGCAACUUUAAGAUUGUGGAAUUCAGCUCCCAGAAUUCAGCAUGCGGGAUGGGAAUUCUGGGAAUUCAAGUCCACACAUCUUAAAGUUGCCAAGUUUGAAAAACACUGAUCUAAAAUCUUUAUUAAGAUUGUAUUAAGUAUAUGUUAUACACUUACAGGUUGCUCUAGAAUGAGUUUAAAAACAUUCUAGUUAGCACUAUCAAAUGGAAGAAACUUGUCUAGAUAUAAACAAAUAAUUAUGUUAUAUAGUUGUAAAUACAUGGAUGUAAUAAAUAUGGUUUUAAGUAAUUUUCUUACAAUGUUUUUUUUUUGUUUUACUAUCAUGUUAUAUGUUUUGCAUGCUUGCUGUCUUACGCAUCUAAAAAUUUGCACCAAGACCUGUAUUUUUGACAUGGCAUCUUGAAAAGAGCUUAAUUAAACACAAGUUUUUAAUUGAUUUUGGAGUGGAUAUAAUGAACUCAUGCUACAAGUAUUUUGCAGUAUUACAGUAGUGUGUUUGUAAAUACUUGGCCUUAUUUACUAGACUGCAUAUUUUGUUUAACCUUGUGUCCUUAAGUGAAAUUGGUUGAAGAGGCAAAAAGUAUUUAUUUAUUGUCUCUUACUGUAUAUAAGUAAAUAAAAUUUUAUUUAAAGUUUUA